AUGGGGGAUCUCAUGGGCCGGGUGGCUCUGAGUGACAAAGCAUCCAAUAACGGGGAAGGCUCCUCGCUCAUACAUCCAUCCCGAGCAAGUAGUGGUAUGAGAGACAGCGGUAUGAGAGAAUGUGCUUCCUGCUUCACCAAAGUCGAUUCCAUAAUGUUCAAGGGUUUGUGUGGCCACGAGUUCUGCCGCGACUGCACGAGACAGAUGUUUCUCGGUGCCAUCAAAGACGAGGAGUUGUAUCCGCCACAUUGCUGCGGCAAUGUCGUACCACCUGGAGUUGCUUUAAGAAUCCUUAACUACGAGGAGCUUCGACGUUUCAGCGAAAGGGCCCUUGAAUGGACCGCGAAGGACCGCCUCUACUGCGCUGAGCCGACAUGUUCGAAAUUCAUUCCUCCCUUCGCCGUUCAACACGAGCACGGCACCUGCCCCGAAUGUCACCGGCAGACUCAUGUACUAUGUCGUUCACUCGCCCACCCUCGUGUCGAUUACCCAAUGGACGAACCUCUUCACGCUGUGCUGGAAAUGGCGGAAGCUGAAAACUGGAAGCGGUGCUUCUACUGCCGAACUAUCUGCGGCCGCGAAUUUUGCUACGUGCGUGGCUUGGUCUGGAAAUCAUGCCAGUGCCCACUUUGGUACGAGAACAGGCUCGAGGAAGUGGCAAUCCGAGCAGUAGAUGAGGAGGUCCCGGCCAAUGCCGAUAUCCAUGUUCGCCAAAAUGCGCUUCACCGGACAGUCGAGGGCCUGCGGCACCACGAGGACAACGGGUGCGACCAUCACAGGAACUCGCAAUGGGUUUGGCGUAACACUGGAAGAUUGCAGUGCGAGGUCGCCAACCAUUAUCUGCCUGAGUACAUUUUCAUGUGCACAGGUUGCCGGAUGCGAGCUUGCAACCGUUGUCGACGACACAGAUUGAGGUAG